UCAUAUUUGGUGUCAAGAAGUUCCACCAGUAUUUGUAUGGGCGAUCUUUUAUUCUUGAGACUGAUCAUAAACCAUUGACAACGAUCCUAGGUCCACAUGCAGCAGUACCAACACUGGCAGCUGCACGACUCCAGAGAUGGGCAUUGAUUCUUCCUGCCUAUAACUAUGAAAUAGUAUACCGACGUUCUGAAGAUCACUGUAAUGCUGAUGCGAUGUCCAGAUGUCUAGUUAACGAGUCUGAAUCAAGCACAUCCGAAGAAGCAGAUAUUUACUAUUUCACAUAUUUAAAUGAACUUCCUGUCAACAGUCAGAAAAUUGCAGAAUCAACUCGAAAUGAUCCCGUUCUAUCGCUUGUCUCCAGUAUACAUUAACUUGAUGGCCAAAUAUUGUACAUCAGCCAAAUCUAGAGUUGAGUACAGAUCAAGGUUGUUUACUUUAGGGUAUGAGAGUCAUUAUACCUGCAAAAUUCCGUGAACGUUUACUUAAUGACUUACAUGAAGUCCAUCCUGGUAUGUCGAGCAUGAAGUCACUAGCGAGAAGCUACAUAUGGUGGCCUUCAAUCGAUCAAGAUAUAGAAGAUAAAGUGCGCGGCUGUGGAAUUUGUUUAGCACUAAGAAAAUCACCACCAGCCUCACCAUUGAUACCUUGGAAAUGGCCUAAACGCGUGUGGCAACGAUUGCACAUCGAUUUUGCUGAAUUUCAGAGACGGCAUUUCUUAAUAGUUAUUGAUAGUUUUUCCAAGUGGCUUGAAGUAUUUCAUAUGACCAGUACUACAUCCCGUAAAACCAUAGAAACUUUAAGAACAUUAUUUGCAUCAUAUGGUCUUCCAGAGGAUGUGGUAUCAGAUAACGGUCCUCAGUUUAUCAGUUAUGAAUUCAAGGAUUUUCUAAGUAAAAAUGGAGUGCGUCAAAUUUUAACUCCACCAUAUCAUCCUGCAUCAAAUGGAGCUGCGGAAAGAUCAGUACAAACCGUUAAACAAGGUUUAUUGAAACAAAUUAUGGAAGGUCAUACCAACCAAACUCUACAACAUAGACUUGAUAACUUUUUAUUAACAUACAGAAUUACUCCACACACUGUAACUGGGUGUGCACCAAGCGAGCUGUUUUUGAAAAGACAAAUUCGUAAUCGGUUUACAUUGUUGAAACCAAAUCUUGAACAGACUGUCACUCAUAAACAAGAGCUGCAAGCAAAGAAUCAUGACAGCCGAGUUAGAGUGCGUUCAUUUGAAGUCGGACAAUUCGUUCAGGUUAAAAACUUUCAAGGAGACAUUAAUAGGUGGCUUCCUGGUCGUAUAACAAAAAAAUUAGGUUUACAGACCUUUCUUGUCCGAACCGGGGGUAAAAUUCGUUAUUGUCACAUUGAUCAUUUGUUACCUGGUAAUGAUACUGUCGAUUCAAAUGGUAACAGUCCAACCGAUACAGAGAUUGAUAUAACAUCAUCUAAACCGUUAGUACCCGAUUAUGGACCAGAUUUGUUAUUGCCUAAUCUUUCUAAUACUGCAUGUACUUCAUCGACUACAAGUACUCAAGCAACAAGUAUUGAUACUCCAACAUCACCCGUCAAGCCAGUUGAUACCAAACAACGUUACCCACAGAGAGUUCGAAAACCACCAGAGAAGUUAACUAUGUGAACUAUUUGUGUGAAAUUUUUAAAUAAUUAACGGUUUUUUUGUUUUGUUCCCUCAAAUAGAGACAUUUUAGUUUAUGUGAACAGUACAACUUUUUAAAGGGGGAGGAAUGUAGUAUUUAUGGUUACGCUUCGUAUUAUUAUUAUUACGUUAUGUAUGAUGUCAUACCGGUAGAAUAUUCUGGUGUUCAUUUUACCCAUAGUGCUUUGGUGUACACGUGCU